AAGAGUGCUCACCCAACACUCCGCUGGCAGCGCUGUCGAGUGUUCCUCCGUGGCCCAUUUUAAGACUCUGUUUCUUCCUCUUCCUCGGGUUCGCGUUCUUCACGCCAGCUUCUAUAAGAGAAAUAGAGCAUCAGCGCGUUUGCCUUCACAAACAAGUCAUGUGAUUACUCUGUUACCCCGCGUUACCCUUCAGCAAAACUUCUUUGAGAUUAUUCAAGACAUCUGCAGAGGUCGGUCCCUGCUUCUUAUAGAUUGCAAACAGUCCAUGCAGGGACUGCAGUUUGGAUAGUGAACUGGAAGCCGAUAAACCACUGAGCGUACGAGACUACAUUGACCAGAAUGCUUCACAGUGAACUACACUUCCUGGUUACGCUUGGCUUACUUUUGUUGUCAACUGUGUUUGGUGCAAGAGUAAUAACUGUCUGAACAUACUGUAGACUCUGUAAGGGGGUGCUGGAGCCUAUCUCAGCUGCAUUCGGGCGGAAGGCGGGGUACACCCUGGACAAGUCGCCACCUCAUCGUAGAUAAAGGUCGCGGGGGUGCUGGAGCCUAUCUCAGCUGCAUUCGGGCGGAAGGCGGGGUACACCCUGGACAAGUCGCCACCUCAUCGCAGAUAAAUGUUUGGGUUUGGAUGAAGAUGUGUCCUGUGUCUCAUGUGAAGAAGAAAAGAUAAGACAAGUGUGUCAAAAUGGAGGCUUUCAGGCAGACAUACUUACGCCUGUGUAAAGAAGGAGCUUUGGAGCCCCAGGAAAGCGUCAUGGUCAGGUUGCAGGAGUGCCGGGCUUCCCGCUUGGAUUUAAGCGGACUGAGUCUGUCUAAGGAUACCUGCACGAUGCUUGCCCGGGCCUUCCAAAAAGAUACUUUCUUUUCUGAUGUGUCUCUCAGUGACUGCAUGCUCAGUGAGGAAGGAGCCAUCAUUUUCCUGACUGACCUUAUUCACAAUACAACUGUUAAAGCCCUGGAUCUAAAGGGAAAUAACCUGAAAUCAGCUGGGGCAGAGGUGUUGGGAAAAUUGUUGACACGCAAUAAGACUCUUAUUAGGUUAGUACUGGACUGGAAUGCACUUGGAGUGUGGGACAAAGCCUUCACUAUUUUUUGUGAAGGUCUGGGCUCCAACGGUGCACUGACACAUCUUGACCUGUGUAACAAUCAGAUCAACCAUCAAGGAACGUUGGAGCUUGCUGAGGCACUCAAACGCAACAGCACGCUGAAGGUGCUAGAUCUGAGAUGGAACAAUAUUGGUCUUCUGGGAGGCAGGUACCUUUUAGCUGCUCUGCAGAACAACCACAGUAUAGAGCAAUUGGAGCUGGCAGGAAACAACAUACCCAGUGAUACACUCAAGGCACUCGAGCAGAUUGUAGGACGCAACACAGACCGAAGAUCCGCCUUGAUAGAGAGUCACAGCAGAACCCAGGUCCUCAGCAAGGAGAUUCAGAGCCUGAAACAGGAGAAAGGACAACAGUUCCAAAACUUGAUGGUCACCAUUGACAAGCAGAGAGAAGAGAUGGGACGAUCAAGCAGGUCCACCAACAUACAGAUCAGACAACUGCAGGAAGCUCUAAACGGGAGGAAGUCUGCUGUAAAUGCUCUCACUACCAGAUUGCAGAUGAUGGAGGCUGCCCUUGCACUCUCUGAGCAGAAAAAUCACAACCUGGCCGAGUUGAUCGCAAAACUGAAGGUUGAGAAAGAGCAACAGCUGGAUGUGCGGAACAAAGAGAAGAAAAAAGAACAAGAGGAACGCCUUUCCAGAGACGACAAGCUUCUAAGAGACAUUAAAAAUCUGACGGAAACUAACAUCCAACUGAAAAACAACAUCGAGGAGGUGGAGCGCAGGUGCAAGUCUCAGCAGCAGCAAGUUUUUGAGCUGAAGCAAGAACUGACCAACAGUACAGCUGAGUUCAAGCUCAAGCUAGCACAGGCAGAAGACCGCCUGGAAAUAGAGAAGCGAAUGUCCAAGCAAGCCCUUGAGGACCUAGAUAAUCGACGACAAAGAGAGGUUGAGACUGUGAAUCGGCAUCGAGGGGAAAAUGAGAAAGCACUUCAGGAACGCAUCCUCAAACUGGAAGGACAACGAAUUCAGCUAGAAGAGGAUCUGAGUAAGACUAAAGCGGCGUGUGUGGCAGAGAGAUCCCUGGCAGAGGAGCAACUGGGGAAUGUCCGCGCACAAGUGCGCCAGGAAGAGCAGGCACAUGUAUCAUCGUUGGAGGAGAAGCUUCGCUCGGUGCGCUCCUCCCUACAGGAGAUCCAACUGCAGUCUUCCCAGCAAAAACAGAUCAUCUCUGAGCAGCAGGCUAAAAACAGACAGCAGAUCACUGACACAGACAGCCUCCGCCGCAGGAUCGAGGAGCUCCAGCAGGAGCUGUCAGGAAAGGACCAGGAGAAGUUAGCUGAGGUGAGUCGAGUGAGGGUGGAGCUGCAGGAGCAGAUUGGACACUUGGAGGUGGAAAGAAUUGCACAAGGAGGGCUUAAAGAGAAGAUUGGUGCUCUAGAGAGAGAAAUCAAAGUACUGACUAGCAACCAUAGAGAAGCGCUCCUGGACAAAGAGAGCGAGGCGUCGUCUUUGCUGGAAAAGCUGCGGCUGAAAGAGGUAGAGAUCCAAAGGAUGAGGGACGAUGAAGCCCAAAGAGCGACGUGCCUGCAGAACGCCAUCCUCACCUACGUCAGAGGUUCUCCUCUGGGACAGUACGGCAGCCCUAAGACAUGAUCCCAUGAAGCUGAACAUUUCUACUUUUUUAUUGAUUUAUUCUUGUUGCUGGAUGAAACUAUAGUAGUUUGUGUCUGUUGUACAAAAAAUAAAUGACUGAACUCCAUAAAAUGGUAAUUUAU